AUGCAAGUCAGUGGGCACCAACAACAGGUCGAUACCACAGAAACAAUACUGACAAUGGCGGUAGAGGACGUUGAUGCCACCUCGCUGAUGCCUCUGGACACGCCCAUCCUCAAGGUCUCACGGCCUGUGGCUGCGUGUUCGAGAUGUCGGAACGCGAAGAUCAAAUGUGAUGGCAAAUUGCCAGCCUGCACUUCUUGCGAGAAGAACGGACGAUCAGCUGAGUGCACGAGCACAAACGACCAGUUCGCACGAGGCAAAGAACGAAGCUAUGUCGCCACUCUGGAGACCAGAAUCGACAAGCUACAGGCCAAACUGGAGGAAGCGCGCGCCAGAAAACCUUCGACGAUAUCGGUUCCGGACGAAGACAUGGCACCCACUCGUCGACCUUCAUACCAGGUUCAGGAGCCACCAACACCAAACACGACCAAGGCCAUGCGCCGCAAAGAAGCCAACGAUGUAGAUGACCUCGUCGGAGAUUUUGGUUUUCUGUCAGUCAACGCUACUGCCAGAGACUUCUAUGGCUUCACCACCGCCAUGUCAUAUGCACGUCUCAUUACCUGGGCGUGCUCCAAAGAGCCUCUUCCCGAAGGUAUGACUCAACCACUUCCACCACGACAUACCGCCACCUCGCUGGUCCAGCACUAUCUUGGCAAUGUCUUCAUGUUACUGCCAGUAUUUGAUGAAGCGAGCUUUUAUGGAUCUGUAGACAGUGUCUACUCAAAGCCAGUGUAUCAAGCUGAACCACAGGAUCAUUUCCUUGUCAGGAUGGUGCUCGCGAUCGCAAGCGCAUCGAUGUCUGAGCAGCGAGGCGAUCAGCGUUACAUGGAAUCUGUUGGCCACGUGUGUGCAGCUCUCGAGCACGCUGAAGAUGUCUUACAUCCUGGUACUAUCAGUGGUAUCCAGGCACUCGUGUUGCUUACGGAGUAUGCGAUGUUAGACCCACACCACUUCGACUCCUGGGGAUUGAUCGGUGCAGCGUCAAGAGCUAUGGUCGAUCUCGGCAUGCACCAAGAUCCGCCCAAAGGCACGCCCAUGCCUAGAGGGAAGCUUGAGCUACGAAGGCGAGUAUAUUACUGUGUGUAUGCUCUGGACCGAUCUACCUCGCUUGUGCAGACAAGGGCAUUCUCAUUUGGGGAUGAUAGCGCCAAGGUGAAGGUUCCCUUCAGCAAACAGCCGGCAUCUAAUCCCACAUCACCAGCGGCAAAUGCAUCAAAGCAAAUAUGGCUCAAGUCACAUGAAGAAGCAUUGCAGCUCAUCACCCUGCGGAAGAUACAAUCACAAUGGUACACGGAUCUGUUCCAGACUGGCCGCACACGAUGGGACGAACCAUAUCCAUACAUCUGGAGCACCUGCGAGUCCAUGCGCAAAUGGUUCGAAGGCCUGCCUUCCUCGACUUCCAGGAACAGCCGCGCGUUCUUCGAGCUCGACCUUUUGUACUCCUAUGUCUAUGUGCUCUCACCUUCGCCAAGGGUGCCAGUCAUCAGUCCUUUUGCCCAAAAGCUGAUCUUCGAGUACUGCAUCCAGUACGCUGAUCUCAUGCUGCGCCUGAUCAGCGAUCCUGCUUACACUGCUCCACUAACGUUCUAUGAUGCCAUGAGGGUCUACAUGACUGGACGACAAUUUCUUGACGUCUUGCAACACAACCUUGAUGGACUUUUGAAUGGUACUCUGCCACCACAUCCAGAGGUUAAACCCACGGCCGCUCCUCCGCCACCUAUGCCGGUACCUCAGCUGCCGCCUGGAGAGACAGUGCUACGCUUCAAUAUCAUGCGAAGCAUCGGUUGCAUCAGGCAGAUUACUGAAUGCUUGGCUCGCUUCGGCAUCCGAUGGGGUUACAUGAGCUGGAACCAACGAUACCAAGCUGAGACGACCGACAUGCUCAAUGAACUCAAUUCGCGUUCAAGAGAGCUUGAAGGUCCGCGACGUCAGAGCAUGUGGCAACACCACAACUCUACAGGAUCGAUAGGCAGUACGCAAGGUGGAAGUCAACAGUAUUCGUCGCCUCCAACUGUGCUCACACCACCAGGAGGCAUCUGCCAGCAGAAUCCAUUCUCUGCUCCACAGCAGACUUCUGGCGUCACUCAUGCUCAAAUGGCUCCCCAAGUCAGCCCACCACUAUACCAUCAACAGAACGUCGGACCUGCAGAUUACAACAUGGCACAAUUCAUGGCAAACCAAGGUGUGCAGCAACAGCAGCCACAUUUUCAGCAGCCGGUCUUCGACUUUAGUCAAGCGCCAACGGCAGAACAGCAGCAACAAUACAGUGCGUUCCAAGGCGGUGCGCAUCGACCAAGUGCGCAGUUUGCAGCUUGGGGAGGGUAUGGUGGACCUGGUGGUCAGCCAGACACUUUGGACGAAGAGAACGCUGUACCUCCCAAUGCCAACCCUUGGAACAUUGAUGUGAAAUGA